AUGCCAAGUGAUCCAGAGGAACAGGCUGCACAGCGCGCCACUGCAGAGCGCGACAGACUCAACAAGCUGUCGGAGCGAUUGGAAAUCUUCAAAAAGCAGCUUGUCUUUCGGCUAUGCUACGCUUACUUGUCCCGCCAACUACGCCAAGACGGCGUGCCAGACCGGCAGGUCACGCAAAGACUUGGAGGUUUCCGCCGACGCGUACACUCUGCGGCAGUCGAUUAUCGCCAGCUUAGGUACAUUACUGGCCCGCAGCUGGAACCGGAACUUGCUGCCCAACUCAGGCAGGACCUCGACGUGCUGGAAGCCAAAUUGGCCACACCCAUUCCGCCCAACGAUUUGGUCUGGCUUUUGGAAGCUGGAGCAGAAGGGGACCCUCCCAAGCACCUACUUGAACAGCAGUAUCAGAUCCUGUUGGCCCAGCGAUUCCGUGCUGACCUCGUCAGCUCUGACACCCAGCAAUUUGCGGCGGAGGUGGCCUCUAUUGCCACACUGGGAUUUUAUCAAGAGAGUCUCUUUGUGGUAUGGCCGUUGCUGGAUUCUUCGACCCAGCUCUCGCUGCAGGCCUGGUUCAGACGAUACAGACAAGGCCUCCAUGACGGAGGUGUGCGCGAGGAGUUACCUUGGAAUGACGAUUCGCCGCAAGACCGCCCUCGCGCAGUACAUGAUGGCGCAGCUGACCAUGAUGAUGACGAUGUGGACACCGUCCCGGAACCAGCAUCUGGCUCCGGCGACAGACCCUCCAUUCGACGUUGA